UAUUACAAAGACUAUUGUUUCUUUCUUCGCGUUUUACGACGUCAUGAUGUCAUAUUUUCCUCGUAAAGAUGAGUGCUAAUUAAGCCAAGACUAUCCCGUAAGAUAUAUGAUUACUCGACGAGAGAUUUUCUUAUCUCAAUAUACUGUCAUUCCGUUCAGUUGAUAACGCGUCGGCUUACAUCUCAACACCGUCAUUGCCAUAACGUCGAACAAUGCCGGAGUAAAGUGACAAUGAGAUGAAACGCUGUCAAUACGCCAAUGAAUAUUGCUAACGCUAUGAUAUAAUAGCCGUCGCUGGUGGAGAAUUAUGUACGCCCCUUGUAUAGUGAGAAGACGAUAAAAUCGCCCAUUAUUGCUAUUUAAGAGUGAUUUAAACUGUCAAUAGAAUCGUUACAUGUGCAUUUCUUUCUUUAAACAUAAUCAUUUUUUUUUUUUUAUAUCCGGGUGGAGUGUGAUAUUGAAUGCAAUAAGUAAGUGAUAUAAAUAUCAACUAUUAGAAUAUCGAAUUUUUGGAAAAAAAAAAAAGGAUUUUAUAUCCGGGUUUUUGUGUUAAUUUCCAUUCGAAUGGGAAAAUUAUUUUUGUAACCACAUGUUUAUCUAAUAAAGCAACGUACAUAUAAGUGUUAGAUGCAUAUAUGCAGUAGUCAAGUUGGAUCAAGUGUUUCAUCCUAAUCGAAAUGAGAAUAUAUAUCGUUAUCAGCGAAUUAUUUAAAGACGGAAGCUAAUGAAUCACUUGGACUUUACACAUAGAUUUACGCAUGAACUAAUUCCAAAAUUCUCACGCACAUAUUAUAUAUCUAAUAUAUUAUCUCUUAUUUUCAGAAUUUAAUUUUAAAGUAUAUCGGAAAAUAGUUUUGAAAUUAAUUUUCUCAAAAGUCCAUUAAUAAGUUGAUUGAAUUAUCUUCUUGAUCAUAAUAAAUCUUAUGCGUGACGUUUAAUUUCUUUUACAUUCGUAAAUAAUGAGUUUUGCGAAUGCAAAGUCCAAAUUCAGAUUCGAACACAUUUCCAGUCGAGCGUAAAUCGACGAAGAAUUGUGUCAAAAAAUUUGCGAUUAAAAAAAUUAGCCCGCGAGAAGGCGCUGUCAGAUUAUACGCACAGACGUUGGCCACGCACGUGGCCCGCCGAUCUACUCGUGCGUUCCUGCAAUGGCAGCCGCGCUUCUAGGUAUCCCAGAGUUCGUGUCCGCCGCAUUGGUGUUGGUCUGUUGGUAGCAGUGCGCCGCCGAGUCAGUGUUCAAUGUGUCGUGCGACAAACAACAACGUCGGGCCUGGCGAGCAGCCGUUGUCGUAGCCGUCGCUUCAAGCAAGCAUUGAUACGUCGAGGAAGCAGUUACGUGCGCUCGCGCGAGAAUACGUGUUAAGCCCGUUCGCGUAACGUCGAGUGUCAGUCGCGACGAUAGUGCAUCAUCCUCGUUCUCGUCGUCCGUCCACUCAUCGCCUAACGAUGCAUCGCGCGCAUCACGUCCGCGACGACGGAGUCGCGAUCGACGCGCGUUGUUGGGCGUAGCCGGCGGCAGCGAGAAACGAUAGGAGCGUGCGUGUGUGACAAAAGCCUGUGGGAACCCUGCCGCGGUCGCUGCCAUUGCGAUUGAGCGAGCAGGCGGGACCCAUACUCUCGGUGCACCCGUACUCGCGUAGAGAAUAUAGUGACGCGGGACGCAGGCACAUAUACGCGUCGCUCUUCAUCCGUCUCUCUCUCUCUCUCUCUCCCCAACUCGCGCCCUUCAUCCCCGGCCGCGCGAUAUUUCCGCGCGUCGUCGCUUGAAAAUUCGACGCGCCUAGGACGACCAGAAGAUCGAACGAGCGAAACGUGCGAGGCAUGUCGUCGUAGCACCGUACAACUCGUGGCCGAGAUCUCGGAUUCUGAGCGCGAGGUGAAGCCCCAGCAUGGCCAGCAGAUGACUGUUAGCCGAGCCGGUGCUCGUACUCGACUCUAAUAUGAGCGAAGUAGUGGCAGUAACGCCGACUGGUGGACCUACGCGCCAGGAAAGCGUGACACACAUCAAACGGCACAAGCUGGCCAGCUGUAAUGUUCCUCUCGUGCACGGUCGGCCGAAUCCGUCGAUCAGUCCACGUAGCAGACUGACCACGCAUCAACGAAAUCACAGUUUGGACUUCAGAUCAAUGGGUAUCCUACUACCGCCGGUGCCUCAGGCGGCCGCAACGACGUUGACGCAUCAUCACAGGAACCGAAGUCUGGAUUCCGCUUUGCAACGGAUUCCAGAGGUGGACGUGACACCGAGCCCGGAAUGCGAGAAUCCUGCCCCUUCAUCAGUCUCUAAGACGAUAACGGUAUCGUCAUCGUCGUCAUCGUCGUCGGGACCAUGCGGGAAAAGCGCUCGCACCGCGCGAGAACGCGAGGAUUUGGCCAGUCUCGGUUCUGACGAUUCCGGCAUCCUUUGCGGCUCCGAUAGCGGCUCGAGCGACGCCACAAAUGCGCCCGCCACCCGAGAAUCCAGCGUAGAUCAUUUGCACAGCCGCGAGAGCCUCGAUUCAUCCGUAUCACAACCAGGGGACUCGGUGUAUUCAAUUGAUGUGGUGGACGGUAUGGAGAACGGUGCCGGUAUGGUGUCGGUGUCGAUGUCGGUGCCAGUGUCACCCGUGGAACUGUCCACGCGUCUCAGUGAUAGUCCUACGUCUCCCGUAUCUCCCAAUGAUGAGACCAAUGAUCGUAAUUGUCCGCGAUCGUACAACGACACGAACGUUGUUGGUGAACUUUGCUCGCAAGAACUGCGAAUAACUAACGCGAACGUGCGAGAACGUACGUGUGGUGACGAUUAUCAGCAUCAGGAACGCGCCGAAAUCUACCAAGGCGCUAUAACGCAAGUGGCGUCAUCACCGCCGUCCGUGGCCAAUACGAGCCAGAAUGAGUUGGCCGGAGCGGCCAUGACUCUUUGCUGCGGUACGACUGCGACACAGCAACAGGAAACCGAGACGGUGAAGAAGCAACCAGAUGUUAUCCGUCGACAGCAACAAGAGACGAAACAACCGAAACCGUCAGAAGGCUGUCUGCUGCGACUCUUUGAAAGUCAAAUAUUCGACAUGUCCAUGGCUAUUUCCUAUCUGUUCAAUUCGAAAGAACCCGGCGUUCAGAGUUAUCUAGGUAACAAGAUGUUCAGUUUUCCGGAUAACGAUGUGGACUUUUACUUACCGCAGUUAGUUGUGAUGUAUAUACAACUUCACGAUAUAACAGAAGUCCUUUAUCCAUAUCUUGUCCAUAGAUGUAGACAAUCGGCAGAUUUCUCGUUAAAAUGUGCCUGGCUGCUUGAUGCGUACAGUUCCGAUGCUCAUUUAGCAUCAAAGAAGAAGUCUCAUGGGACCAAAUUGAAAAAUCUUAUUUUGUCAGAUGAACUCAGGCCAAAGGGAAAUGAGAGUCGAAAGCAGCGUGGAUUGCAAGUUCCUGCACCAUCACCAUUGCCCUCGGCGCAGAACCUUACGUCGCCGAAUAAGAAAACCCACCAAAGAUCUCAGUCCGACGCUACUGGAUUGUUCCAGACUAUACGCCGUAGUAAUUCCGGUAUAAUAAAUAAAGUAAGUCUUGGGGACCUGAGCUCUGGUCGAGCGUUUGACAAUGGUUGUACCUGCUUCUAUUCCUGCCAAGGUGUGGUGAACGAUUUGCGAGGCCAAAAAACAGAUUGUUUCUGCAAUGCACCUCGACUCGCACCAGAAUUCGAAUUUAUUCAAGCGUUAAUAUCAAUUGGUAAAUUGCUCGGGACUAUCCCAACAAAGGAAAGUAAAACUGUUCAAUUAGUAGCAGAGCUCAACACGCUUAAUUUGAAUCUCCCUGCAAGGGUGUGGCUGCCUCUGCACAGUAUGAUACCCCAUCAUAUUGUGCGAGUUCCACCACAGUAUGCUGCAGUUCUUAACAGCAAGGACAAGGCACCCUAUAUAAUAUAUGUGGAGGUAUUAGAAGUGGAGGAUUUAUAUACAUCGCCUGUGCCGACAAAAAUAAUGGGUAGUUCAUUGAGGCAUACCAAGUCUGAGGAGAAUUUAACGGGCGGCGAGCAAUCCAACAUAUCCACUUCCGAUAGUCAGCAAAAUUUAGCGGUGCGACAGACACCUGUAAAAAAUAUCUCGCCUUACGCCGUUAGAAAUACAGACGUGACAUUUAAUUUCCCCGAUGAUGAUCCUAACGAUUGUUGGAGUCAGGAGGAUGACGAGAUUACGCAGCAGUAUUUACAGCUUCGUAAGCCAAAAGAUCGAGAUACCAUAUCGCAAUUGAGUCAAGAAUCGUCUGACAGCAGAGAACCAAUCUUCGUACCGGGCGACAUUAAGAGAAGAUUGAGCGAGAUGGCAGCUACGCCCAGCGCGACUUUUAACCACGAUCCCGAGGAUCCAUCGGCGGCGGUCCUUAAGGAGCCGUGGGAGCAAAAGCAACGACGCAUAAGAACUUCCAGUCCGUAUGGGCACCUGGCAUCUUGGAGAUUACUCGCCGUGAUCGUGAAAUGUGGCGAUGAUCUCAGGCAGGAACUUCUCGCCUCGCAAUUACUUUCGAUGUUGCAAAAGAUUUGGCAGGACGAACAAGUGCCGCUUUGGGUGCGACCAUACAAAAUAUUAUGUUUGUCCAACGACAGUGGUCUGAUUGAACCGAUCCUAAACACCGUCUCGCUCCAUCAAGUGAAGAAGCAGUGCCAAUUAACGCUUUUCCAAUACUUCGAACGAGAGUUCGGCCCUUCUACCUCAGAGACGUUCCGCAUGGCGCAGAAAAACUUCAUUCAGAGUUGCGCUGCGUACUGCCUGGUCAGCUAUCUUAUUCAAGUGAAAGACCGUCACAACGGCAAUAUUCUGUUGCAUAGCGACGGUCAUCUAAUCCACAUAGAUUUCGGUUUCAUUCUCUCGACUUCGCCAAGAAAUCUCGGUUUUGAGACCAGUCCGUUUAAAUUGACACCGGAAUUCGUCGAAGUGAUGGGCGGCAAUCAAUCCAAGUUUUUCGAAGAAUUUAAGAGUCUGAUUCUUCAAGGUUUAAUCGCGGCACGGAAGCACAUGGAGAAAAUAGUCAACCUUGUUGAGAUCAUGUUAUCGGGUUCUCAACUUCCGUGCUUUCGUAGUGGUGGGGCGGCGACUGUUCAAGGUCUCAAGAAUAGAUUCCACCUCACGCUAACAGAAGAUCAAUUGCGUCGGCAUGUUGAGGAUUUGGUCGAAGGCAGCAUUCAUUCGUGGUCCACUAAACUCUAUGAUCGAUAUCAAUAUUUCGCAAAUGGCACUCUUUAAUAUCAAGAUUAAUAAUCCUCUCUGUCUAUCACGUUCUGACUGAAACUUUUUCGUAAGAUUACGUUAAGUGUGUGUGUGUGUGUGAAAAAAGACAUUAAUCUUGACAUCAACGUGGUGUCGCACUCUUCCACACAAUUUUCACACACUUAAUUGCGGGGUCGAUCAAUCGCCAAUGAGCAUACCGACCUAUAAGUGUACUCUCAAGUCAGUCUGCAGCAUCGUGAAAUCUGUUUUGUAUUAUAAUAACGCGUGAUAACAGAUAAAGAUAAAUUAAUUAUACAUUGCUGUUUAUUUUAAUUCGCGUUAUAGAUAUCUCCGCAGUUAUUUGAUAAAAGCGUUUGCUUAAAUUGUGUUAUACUGUGAAAGAUAGCUUCUAUCAAUUUCAAUAUGCAAAUAAAGAAUAAUUUCGGUGAAUACAACGGUUACACGAACCGAUGCAGAAAAAGACAAGACAUUCUUUUUAGGCAUGUGAGCUAAUUUUGAUUGGGCACAGCUGUUUUCUAGCAUUCCACAAGCACAAAUGACGCUUAGAAUGGAAAAAUCGCUUUCCUCGUGAAUAUAUCGAUAGCCUCGAUGAGGCUAGACAUAUAGAAAAUUCGGAUAGAUCAUUAUUCUUCGAAUUUUACAUUAUUCCUUACUUUCGUGGCGAGUAGAAACGAUAUGAAAUAUUUUUAGCAAAAUUCGAAUCGAUCUCUACAUUUGAUAAAUUAAAAAAUCUCGAUUAAAGUAAUGGAAUAUAUAUAAAUAUUUUAAGAGAACUUAAAUUGGUUUAGCGAGUAAUGUGAGCGAUUUGUUGAAAGUUAAAAAUAUUUAUCGUCGUUUGAAUUAGGUAAAAUGAAAGAAGGAAUAAUCUCUAUGAGAAUUUUGGUACCCAGUUGAUUAUAUAUAUCUACUAUAUAUAUAUAUCCAUUAUAUAUAUAUAUAUAAUGUUUUUUGUUCGAUACAUUAAGACUGCUGUUGUUUACGUAUGCCUCGAUUGUACAUUACGAAUUAGCCAUCGCAGUGCAGACGUGGUGUCGUUGACUGAACUGCUAUAUCGAGUGUAACUUAUAUAAAGUGCGUAAUUUGUUAAAGGUGCCUUAUUUGUGUAGACUCUACACUGUAGAGAAAUAGUGAAGACGAUCAAAUCUAGAUACACAGUGAAGUGGCGUGUCAACGUGGCAACUUAGCGUGAAGUUGAUCGAUUGAGAAAAGGACAAUUUGUAAUUUGUAUAUAUAACAAAA